AUGAUGGUUGAACUUUCAUUUAUGUUCAUCAUUAUUCUUGGUCGAUGGUUAUUACCAAAAGGAAAUAUUUCUCAUAGUGCUUUAUCACAAUUAUUACUUGUUUAUUUAUCACUUGCAUCGGAUAUUCUUGAUUUAUUAACAUUAUUUAGUGAAAAAGAAAUUUAUCUUAGUUCACCAAUGGUUCAUAUUGUUCUUAUUGUUUUUUCUCUAUGUAUGUUUCAAUUUGCACUUAAUCUAACAGCGACACGUGGUCGUUCAUUUCAUGCGGAAUUUGAUGAUACAGAAAUUGAAAUACAUCAACCAGCAUCAUUUCAUUCACCUCCCGGAUCAUUACCAUCACAUCGAAAGAUCUUAAAUAAAUUUGUACCAAGUGAAAUAUCAUCAUCAACAGCUCGACCAUUAACAGCAACAACAGUCAGUCCUAUUCUACGUCCUAAAUUACGUGCAUCAUCAGUUUGUAUUAUAAAUCCGCCAGAUACAAUCUUUGAAAAUCCUGCUACAAAUGGAGAUUUAGAAAUGCAAACAAAUAGAAAUUGUUCAUUUCUUAAACCCACAUUUCCUGAAGUUGAUCUACCAUCAAAUAUUCUCCGUCCAAACAUGCUUCAACGUCAAUCAGUAAGCUCUUCAAAUUCAUUACAUUCAUCAUUUUGGUAUGCACCACGUUCAAAGCACGCAUCACGUAAAUCUGUAGCAGAAAGUGUAAAAUUCUUUGUUCGAAAACGAUCUUCAAAAUUUCUUCGAUCAGAAAUUUGGUCAAUACUUGUUACAUUAUCAUUACAAGAUGGUCCAUUUUUUGCUAUUCGUCUUGUUGCAAUUAUUGUCUAUCGUGUACGAUCAUUUUUAACAUAUUUUUUUGCAUUUAAAAAUUUUCUUAUUCUGCUUUUUCAAACAUAUCGUAUUGCAUCAAUAUGUUUAGAAAAAGAUGAACAAGAACAAGAAUUCGAAGAAAAACUUGAUACAAUUAGACGUAUGAGUCUUGCUGCAUCACACCUUGGUUUACCGCUUAAUAGAAAAAUUUAA